CGCUCUUAAAUUCUCAUUACAGGCGCUUAUCUAAACUCUCACAUCCUAGACCUGCUUUACAAGGACUUUUCCUGGUCAGGUGUGAAAGAGUUAAUAACUAAACCGCUCCCGCAGACCGUGUGAACAGAGCGGGGGGAAAAAACCGGCUCUGUCCUAAACGCCUCCGUGGUGCUGCAGUGUGCUGCUUAGGGAGUAGUAGCCUUUGUUUUAGACACUGUUUAGGGGACCUAUAUAGAGGAAGUCAUUUGUGAUUGAACUAACGUGCUUCGGGAAGUCCGUGGAGUUUGAGGGGAAAUUCAGAAGUUGGUUGCCAUUUGUUAAAGGAAGCUGCUGUGGAGAAGUGAAAUUUAACGCGCUGUGAACUGUUAUUGUGUUAGCCUGCUAGCAUCAGCGUAUUCCAUCACCAAAUGGGACGAAGGAUGUUUUGCAAGACUGGAUGAACAUCUCAUGAAAUUGCCUGAUAAUAUCUGAUAUUUUUCUUUGUUAUAAAUCUUUGAAACACAAUGCUGAAGAUGCCGAGAUUCAGCUUCCAGCUGCCUGUUUAUGUGGCCCUGAACCUCGCCUUCUCUUCUGUUGUUCUUUCCACAGCUCCUGCCCCAACCAAUCUCAGUGUGACAUGCCACAAUUUUAAAAAUAUGUUAUACUGGAACUACAGUGAACCCGAUCUACGGCCUGAAUUCACCAUAAAUAUCCACAGAUAUACAAGUGGACUGGUGUUAGUACGCACCAAUCAGACCUACCUGGAUGUCAGUGAAUACACUGAGGAUACUGAUGGUUACUACAUAACAGUGGAAGCUCAACCAGAAGGAUCAGAAGAGAAGGUUGUAUCUGAAGGCACUCGCUUCAGCUACAGCGAAGAUUUUGACACUGACAUCGAAUGUGUGGUGGACUUCCCGGCGUUGGAGAUUUCCGUCCAACAACACAAACUUGAAUUCUCCUUUUCUCAUCCCUGUUUGGUCCAUAAUGUUGAAGCUCUCAAAAAAAUUUUUGAAUACAUUGUCUUGUUUAACGAGGUGAAGAGCAGCUUUGAUUGUUAUUGUGAUGAAGAGGUGUGCACAGAAGAGAUCCAACUUUAUGAUAAUUUUUAUGGAAGGUGCGUGAAUGUACGCGUCGAAGGAUCUGUUAAUGGCAUACCAACUGAAAUUUCCAGAGACGUCUGUGACCCAGUAGCUCCUGAUAAUACGGAUUGGACAAUGCUUCUGACCAUUUUGCUAUGCUCUGGGGUUGGCCUUGUGUUAUUAAUAAUAUUGGGAGCCCUGAUUUUUAAGAAACUGACUCAGCCUGACUCUCAAAGCACAAUAAUCUCCAAAAUCCUGGGAAUGGUGAACUCUGAUCGUGUCGUUCAUGUGCCCGAGCAGCCUGCUCUGUCCGAAGUGAUGUCUGUAGGUCACACCCCACUGAUGGAGACCACCGAUCAGGCUCUUUUAGACUUCUCUACCCCCACCUGUGACAAAAAUCCUCUCUUUCCCACUCAUGUCCCCACUCACUUCAAUACUGAUGCAAUGUUACCAGAAGAGGAAGACCAUGGAGAGGUGACAGAUGAGGCAGAUUCUGGAGACUUUAACAGCGGUAACAGCUUCUCAGGCUAUGACAGCCAUAAGUUCCCUAUUGAUAUGGGACAAGGAGACAUAGUAGAGGCUUAUGGGCCACGUUAGCCUUAAAGUGCACACUCAGAAAAAAGUGGCCUUGAGCCAGAAAUUGGUAAACAAGCCUAUUUCAAAAGAUUCUGUACUUGCGGUUGCUUUGCAUUGCAACAUUUACCAGACAAGUUUAUUACAGCAUGAUAACAAUGCAUUCAUAUACUAUAUUGGAUAUUCAUAGAUCUGCAAACCUUUACACAUUUUGUGUGCCUCUGUAGAUCGGCAUACACUGCUGCAAGUUAUUACGCAAAAAUACGCCAACAGAAUCUUUUUCCCCACAAUAAAAACAGCAGAUGAGCCAAUCACAAUAUAAACCUGGAAUGAGUAACGUUUGAAGCUCCGCCCCCUUGCCUUCCAUUUCACAUUAGUAAUGUUUCAUCCAGUGACUUGAUUUUCCUCGCUUGAAAGUUUCAGGUAAUACUGUAUAUUAGACAUUCAUUCGAUUGGGGAAAUAGGAACCUGUUGCCACCAUUCAGUUCUAGUUAGUGAGCUUGGCUUUACUGUUACCUUUAUAGAGUUUCUUCAUUUUUCUAACAAACACUGUUACACACAGUGCUGGGAAAGGUUUUCAAAUUAAGGAGAAAUGCAAAUACAUUCAACUGAAAAAUUUCACCUGCAGUUGUUGAAUUAAAAUGUAGAUAUUUUUCAGUGUGGACAGUACCUUCUGACUUACGUGCAGAAGAAAACUGAAAUGAAGCAUGGACUGAUUGAUUUUAUUGGUCUACAUUCUGUUCAGAUAAAGCCAUUGGUGUGGUUUUUUUUUUUUUUUUUCUUUUGGGAAGAAACAAAUGUGGUAGACUGUUAUUUGGGUUAAUUUGAGGUCUGAAAUUUGGCCCUUUAAGUUUUAAUGUUAAAAUGCACUAAUGUCUUCUUUUUUUUUUUUUUUUUUUUUUUAAAGUCAUCAAUGAUGACUAAGAGUUGGACAAUUUGCUGUUUUGUUUUUAUUUUUUAAAUGCUUUCAAUAAUAGCUUUAAAUUAGAGUUGUGUGAAAACAGAAAAAGAGCUAAGGUGUCUUAGCAUGUGCCAAGUAAAGGACGUAGUCAGUUACUGGCCUUUGGAGGUCCAGCAUUUUAUAACUGUUGCCUUGAAUUCUGCAAAGACAGCAAAGUCUUUGGGCACUUUAAAUAAGUUGAAUUAGAUGGACUGAGUUUGAUCAGUGUCAUUCCUCAUAAUCCUAAGUGCGGUAAAAGAGCUCGAGCCAUACAAAAAAACUUGCUGUCCUCUAUUAAGAAAAAAUACUGGAUUUUUCCAGCCUGCUUAUCGAUUGUUCUGCAGACAUCUGUUACUUGUUAGAGCACUUGAUAAAAUAUGUUUCUAACUUGAUAUGACAGACAGGAUGUUUUACCUGAUUAUGAAUAGUAACAGUCUAUGUGCUUCGUUCCACCGAACAGUAGCAUGGCAAAAUCAAUGUAAUAAGCAUUAAUUGUACAGCAGCAGCGGCGUGGAAUGCAAUCACAGUCAUAAAAUAAUACCGCCUCUUCUGCUUUGUGUACUGUGUAUUUGCCUCGUCAUCUACGCUAGGCAAGUGUUCACACGUUCCUCCGUACGCGUCUAGCAAGCAUCGCCUAAUAUGCACUGCAUGUUUUACUUUCACACGUUUUACCGUAGAGACUGAUCAGGGAGGGACACAUAAUCAUUUAUUUGUGACCAAAAAUGUUGCACCUUAUAUAAACAUGUUUGUUUUAUAUAUAUAAAUAUAUAUGUGUGUGUGUGUGUGUGUGUGUGUGUGUUUGUGUGUACUAUAAUAUAUAUACACUGUGCAAAAGUCUUAGGCACAUGCCAAGAAAUGCUGUAGAGUAAAGAUACCUUCAAAAAUAAUGAAAUUAAAAAAAUACUGUUUACUGCUCUUUACAGUAUUAAAUGAAACAAAGUCAAUAUUUGGUGUGACGAUCCUUCGCUAAAAAAAAUAGUAGUCUCAGGUACAAUUUGUGCAGUUAAAGAAAUUAGCUGUAAGUGUUACUGAGCAUUCCUGCAGAAGCAGCCACAGUUCUUCUGGAACUGGAACUUCUCCUUCAUUAUAUUUUUUUGUCUGAAAAGUGUGUCUUAUGUAAUAUGCUGCUGUCUUUACUGACAUACAAACAUUUUUCUGAAACAUUUAAUUUUGUGCUGGAAAACUAAUGUUUGGAAAUCAGUAAUAUAGAAGUCAUAAAAUACAAAUCUAUAGCAAAGUUUGUACUAAAAAAAAAAAAGGUGCCUAAGAUUGCCUAAGACAUUAGCACAGUACUGUGUAUAUAUAUGUGUAUAUAUAUAUAUAUAACCCUUUUGAUUUGCUUAAGCAGCUGGCCUUUUGGAGUGUUAUAAACUGUGUCUUAAGAGUCUUGUAUAAUUUCACCAACUAAACUACUGCUACAGUUGUAUCAUGCUUAUACUGGUAUGUAUUGAUAUAUGACAUUAAGCAGCUGUUCUUGGUGAAAUAAAUAAAUAAAUAAAUAAAAUUGUGUAUGUGAUUAGAUAGAUACAGUUGGGAUCAUAGGUUUAUAUACACCUAGCAGAAUCUACAAAAUGUUAUAUAAAUAAUUUAAAAAUAAAUAAGAGGGAUCAUAAAAAUUGCAUUUUGUUUUUAUAUAGUACUGCCCUGAAUCAGCUAUUUCACAUAACAGAUGUUUACAUAUAGUCCACAAGACAAAAUAAUAUCUGAAUUUACACAAAUGAACCAGUUCAAAAGUUUACAUACACUUGAUUCUUAAUCCUGUGUGUUGUUACCUGGAUGAUCAACGACUGUUUUUAUGGUUUGUGAUCGUUGUUCAUGAGGCCCUUGUUUGUCCUGAGCAGUUAAACUGCCCACUGUUCUUCAGAAAAAUCCUCCAGGUCCUGCACAUUCUUUGCUUUUCCAGCACCUUCUGCAUAUUUGACCCCGUUUCAACAGUGAUUGAUGUUGAGAUCCAUCAUUUCACACUGAGGACGACUGAGGGACUCGUACACAACUAUUACAAAAGGUACAAAUAUUCAUCGAUGCUCAAGAAGGCAACACGAUACAUUAAGAGCCAGGGGGAUGUAAACUUUUGAACAAGAUGAUUGGUGUAAAUUAUUAUUUUGUUUAAAGAUCUUAUUUGUUCAUUUAGCACUGCCUUUCAGAAGCUACAAAAGAUAUUUCCAUGCUUCCCAGAAGAUUUUGCAGAUUCUGCAAUGCGUAUGUAAACUUAUGACCCCAACUCUAGAUAGAUAGAUAUAUAGAAUUACCUUUUUUUCUGUUACUGUAUUCAUUCAUUUAAUUUUUUAAUCCUUUUUGCAUUCAUUUAUUUUUUGUACAGGUAGCUUGUGGCAUCUUUUCAUCUUUUAAUUCACUUACUUCUUGAUCAGCAUUGUCACUUACUUUUUUUUAACCCACACCCUUCAAGUACUUAACAAAAUAACUGAUCUAAUCUUUAAAAGUAAUAAAAUUCAGUUAAAAACAACUGUAUAGAAUUGUGUCUUUGCGUUUGAGAUACUAUCAUUCCCUAUAUAACUGGUGAAAUACAGUUAUUGGAAGUGAAUUCAGAUUUUAAAGGCCUGUGACAAGGAAAUAAGGACUUUUAUCACACACUGCUAUUAAUUCACUGAUAUUAUAAAAAGCAUACAGACACUGGCUUUUCUUGCAUUUAAACCAGGUUUACUAUCAGAAGUCAAAAAAAAAAAGUCAAUAAAAUAAUAAUUUUCAAAUUUCCACCUUCAUGCAUGACUACCUUGUGUGUUAAUGUUAAUACUGUACUGGGAAUAAGAACUAAUAACAGAACCCACUGAUUUUUUAUACUCUUAAAUCUUGAUCCCAAUUUUUUUUCUUCACAGGCAUUAUUUAAAAAAAAUUACUAACGCCUCCAUAAAGACAGCGCUUUCCAUGAAAGCAGAGAGAGAUCCUGCCGCACUUGGAGACGCUGCCUCAGAUGGCUCGGAGUACGCGUGCGUGAAAAAUGUUGCGCAUGCGCGUUGCAAACUGAGACGAGGAAACCUGAAGGUAGGCUUUACGCUUUACGCUUGCCCGUUUUCCGACAAAUCCCGCCUUCUUUUGCUAGGAUUGGCUACUGGUUGAUACACAAACAGCUCACCGAUUGGACGUCUGACCAGCUUGCUGCUUAGACCGGAAACAGUAGAUGCGUCAAUGGCGCCGCCAUCUUGGAGAGAGCAAAGUUCACUGAUUCUCCAAAAAUUCUGGCACAAUGAGCAAUAAUUGGAUGAAAAAUAGGA